AUGAGUUCUCUUUUUUUUAUGUGUUAUGACAAGGAGAUUAUGCUUUUUCCAAACCCGCAGGUACUACCAUCACUGAGAGAAAAGAAAGAUGAACUCUUAUUGAAAGAGUUGCUUGAACAAUGGUCAAAUUACAAGAUUAUGAACAAGUACAUGUUUAAAUUUUUCUGUUAUCUUGAAAGACACUAUAUCCGCGGUCGCAAUGGACGUCCUACUCUUGAACUAACUGCAUUCUCAUCCUUCUAUUCUCUGGUAUAUGAUGAGAUGCAUAAAAAAGUAAUGGAUGCAAUAUUAGCUAUGAUUGCUCGGAAACGUGCAGGGGAGUCUAUUGAUGAAAAAUUGAUUAAUGAUGCGUUGGCUUUCUACUUAGAGAUUGGAGUAAAAACAAGAAGAAAUGAACCAAAAUGUUUCGUAGAAACAAUGAUGAAAGAGAAUGCAAUUAUGCAUGGGGCUUCCAAUUAG